AUGUCGUCGGAGGACAGUAAGGAAAUCGAUCCCUCCGAGUUCGUGCAGCGGAUUCAACGGUUAGGCGACCAACGAGACCGCGAGGAUGCCGAGCGCGUCAAGAAGCUCGAGGAGGAGCUGAUACAAGGACGCAGCGAGCGACUAGCGCGGAGAGCAGAGCGAGCCCGUUCAAUCUCCCCCGACAAGCCAUAUACUCCCCAAUCACCGCGCUCUGCCACUGCCACUCCCCGAAUGGUACAGGAAAAGGCUGCUAGCACGCCCACACCUACCAUGAGCCCUCCCGCUCAAGACACGGGACGCGACGAAUCGCUGCAGCGCCUCACGAGCUCUCCCACGACGGCGACCCUCGAGGACACAGAACCCAAGAAACCGGCUACCAGCGCGGCAGCAUUGGGUCGCUCAGGCACAUUAUCGUGGAACCAGAGGCCCAAGUCGGGCAGCAUACGCCGACCUCUGUCAGUCGCCUCACGCUCGCCCGAACGAGCUUCUGACAGCAACACACCCGAACCACCGUCCUCGCCCGAGGCCAACCCGUCCCGAAGCUCCAUUGCCGCAUCGUUAGGCGCCAAGGAUCCAAACUUCUUCCGGCAAUCAGCAGAGGGCGGAAGGGGGUCGGCGGCUUUCAGGAAAAACCAGGAUGAUGCCGCUUCAGAGACAGGUUCAGUGUCGGGCAGGCGGCAACUGCCAGGCAUGUCACGCGAGUCUACUGUAGAGCCCGAGAUGAGUAGUCCGCCUACAGAAGGCAUACGCUCCAGCUCGCCCGGCUCUCGGGCUGGCUCCGUGCGAGGCAGCGCCACGAUGAGCAACCGUUUCUCCUCCAACACAUCCGUCUCUGGUGGCGAUGCAGAGUCUCUCGCCAAAGGACGGUCGCACCUUCCAACACUCGACUCCCAAAAGUUCGCCCCGCCUUCCGAACAAGACUCGUCGAUCGAUGGUGGAGACAGCGAACGUGCCGCACGCGCCCUCGCCAUGUCACCAACCCAAGGGAGAAUCUCGCCCGAACGGGAGCGAUCAGCGUCGCCUACCAAGGGCAUGGGCGGCUUCGUGCAAAGUGCCAUGCUCAAGCGAAGCGAUAGCGUAAGCAAGAGGUGGAGCACGCAGACACCGCCAGUUCUGAGCAGGCAAAACUCAACCCUGAGCAACCGUGGGAGCGUUUAUGGCUCAAUCUCCGGCCUUGAGCGACCUAACUUGACUAGAGACAACUCCAUCGAGCCUUCCUCCUCGCGUCCGGCCUCCAGCUACAGCAAUGCGACCAUAACCGGGGCCGACAAGGACAGCGCAACCAAAGACGAGUUCGUCAAGCCUGCCCUGCCUCACCGUCAUAGCAGAGCCAAGUCUGUUGCGUCGACCUUUAGCGACAAAGACGCACUGCAAGACGAUUUCUCACCCCCGAGCCCCUCGAAGCGGUGGAGCCCUACAAAGUCGACCUGGCUCGAGAGCGCGCUGAGCAGGCCAGAGUCGCCCAAGCCGAAGCAAUCGGCACCAGCGCAACCCGCGUGGAUGGCAGAAAUCAAUCGCAUCAAGCAACAGCGUAGCAGUGUGGACCUAGGCAAGGGUAGCUCGUUCGGAGAGCCGACUGGGUCGGGUCGCACGUCGCCUAUAAAAGACAUACAAUUGAAACCUGUAGGCCUCCGCAGGCCCGAGUCUCCCAAGAAAGAAGAGUCUGCAGAGCCCAAGAAGAUGGAGACUGUCAAAGAAGCGUCGCCGAGUCCUACACCUGCAUUGGCACCAAAGCCCUUGUUCACCAAAAAAGAAGAACACAAGCCCGCAGCCGAGACAUCACCGAGGGCGACUGAGCCUGAAGCUGCAAAAGACACCCUCGAGCAGGCUGCUACCGAAGCAACUGCUCCUGUCUCUACCAAGUCAGCAUCACCACCACCACCACCACCACCAGCUGAACAACCACCGACACCAGUAGAAUCCAAACCAGUAGCGUCACGAUUCAACCAGGACACUGGACGUGGUCUCCCAGCUUCGAAGCCGAAAACACCACCUAAGAAAGAUUUCCGCGCUGGAUUGAAGCCGCGCCGGCCACCUCCUGAUAAUUCAAAGAAGGAGGGAGAGGUCAACGAAUUACAGAACGUGUUUGGCAGAUUAAGGAAGGCUGAGACCAAGAACUAUGUUGCGCCAGAUGUGCUCAAGGAGAACAUUACACGAGGCAAAGGCGCUCUUAACAUAACCGGUGGCCCAAAGCCUACAGUUCGAAAAGAUGAGUUCAGGGAGAGCCUCAUCAAGAGGAAAUCUACCAUAUUUGACAAGGCUCAAGAAGAGGGCUCAGCGCUGAAGAGAUCGGACAGUGCAUCCAAACCAUCCCCUCCGACGCCAGAGGCUAUUGCAAAGAAGAAGGUCUUAAACCGAGCAGAUAGUGACCCGAAAGCUGCUGCACCGAAAGAACCAGAGCCCAUUCCGGAAGCUCUGAUGAGGAGGAAGAGUUUAGCGGCGAACAGGCCUGUCAUUAACGACAAGCCAGCACAACCCGCACCCGCCUCCACGACAAAAGAGCCAGCAAUGUCUGGCAAGCUCGCGGGUCGAUUCAACCCUGCUCUAGCUGGUAUGCUCGCUCGAGGCCCACCUCCUCUUGCGAUGAACAAGUCUACAUCAAGUGCUGAGGUAGACGUGUCUCCUACCAGGUCUGCGCAGGAAGAGAAGACGGGACCUGCUCCAGAGCUGCAACACAUGACUAAGGGUCGUGCUCGCGGACCGAAGCGAGGGGCACCCGCCUCGAAACCCACCACUGCCGAACCGGAGAAGACUCAAGAGAAGGCUCAAGAGAAGGUACCUACUGCUACCGUUGCUCCCUCGGCCAAACCAGAGCAUGUCCUUCCUAGCUCUGAGCCUUCCAAGACUAACGGAAAACCAGAGGAGCGACCAGUAGCCAGGACGCCAGCCAGACAGUCUUCGACUGAUAAGCCUGCUACCCCAGCCAAAUCAGCGCGCAUCUCUUCCGGAGCCUUCGCCAAAGCGUCACCCCCAGAGCCUCCCAAGAAGUCAGAGUCCUCGGAACUAGAUCGAACGGUUUCUGAUCCGCAGGUCUUGCCCAAGCCUUCGCCUCGACCGGAGUCUAUCAGCUCACCGAAGCCUUCCUCGCCAGGAAUACCCAAGAAGCCAACGUCUCUGGAGUUCGAAAGACGAGUCUCGGGGUCAUACAAUACGCCGCAGAAGUCACCUUUGCCCAAGCAAACUGAAUCACCAAAGCCGGCCUCACCCACGUCUUCCCCAGCCACACCUCAUUCUCGAUUCUCGCGUCCUUUACCAACGUUGCCUAGCAAGCCAGUAGCAGAGAGUCCCAGGUCGACACCACUUCGGGAGAUUUCAACACCCAAUGUGGAGAUCUCGCCGGCGAAGGAUGAGCCUUCGCCUGAGAAGACUACGUUCUCAUCAGUCAAGAGCGCUACCACACUAUGGGGCAGGUCCUCAGCUUCUUCGUCGCCCGCUCCACCACGAGUCAGGUCUCCGAUCAAACUCCCUACACAAGCAGACGAACAAGCUGCAAUGAAGGACGCCGGCUUGAUUCGCUCAUCGGGGUCAGGCACCAAGGCUCUGCCCGAUCCGCCGCAAUCAAACUCACAAUCACCGACUGAAUCCAAGCCUCUGCCACCGAAGCCAAAACCUGUCGGGCUAGGCUUCAGCUUAGGAAGCUUGGGUGGGUUCGUCGCGUCUCGAUCACGAGAAUCCAGUCCUCAACCACCCAAAAACGCACCUAUGUCACCGCCGGGAAGCGCAAAUAGACCAUUCUCUGAGCCUUCCAUUGUGUCACCGACUCUCCCAAAACACGAUGGGAUGUUCGCAGACUUCUUCGAUGAAGCCCCUGUGACUGAAGGCCAGCUGCCCGACAACAUCGAUACUAUGUACACACUAAAAUCUCCGCCGCUUGACCUAGGUCCAUCUGGAAAGAUACGUACGUUGCGCAAGCAGAUCCAAGAAGUAACUGGCGAUGGUAGACUCACAGCUGUGCCUGUUCAAGAAGAGCAUAUCCUGUUCCAGGAUUCAAUGUAUCUGUGCACGCACGUCUAUGAUGACGCAAGGGGUGUUAGGCAUACUAAUGUCUACUUGUGGGCUGGCAAUGGUGUAGCAGAGCCUACGCUUGAAGAUGUACAACUCUUCGCAAAGAACCAUGCACGUCAAAAUCAAGGCACGCUUCUAGUCAUACGUCAAGGUCAAGAGACACCCAACUUCUUCGAAGCCCUGGGCGGUAUUGUCAUCACAAGACGUGGUGCAAAGCCAGCGGCGAAGGAAUUCAUGCUCUGUGGUCGCCGCCAUCUUGGACACCUUGCUUUUGACGAAGUCGAUUUCUCACUCAAGAGCCUAUGCUCCGCCUUCCCCUACCUUGUCUCCACUUCGGCUGCCAAGGUGUUUCUUUGGAAGGGCCGCGGCUGUUCUGCUGAGGAGCUAUCUGGUGCACGUCUUAUGGGCAUGGACCUCGCGCCUACUGGUGACUACAACGAGAUUGAUGAAGGCGCCGAACCUCCAAGCUUCCUCAACAACACAUUCCCUCCCCCUCAAGUCCCAGCAAAGGGACCCGCCAUUCCCCGCUCAGCAGACCAUUGGCGCUACAAGGCCACAUCCGACAAGUACCGCGUACGUCUCUACAAGAUCGAACAAACGACUGGCCAGCCGGCAGGAUGGGGCCAAGCACUCCAGGUGAGCAGCUCCUUUUUCGCACCGCUGCUGCGAAGACCAUCUUGGAACGCUGCUGAACAGAGGCCACAGACGCCGCUUACGCCCAAGACGCCGCAAGGUGCUGUCAAGACCGAAGUCAAAGAAAUUAUGCCCUUCUCUCAGAGGGAUCUGGAGCCGGAGAACGUAUAUGUACUUGACGCGUUCUUCGAGAUGUACAUAAUUGUUGGUCCUUUGUCUCGCACACAAGCGCCUGCAUUCUCCACUGCCCUAAUGUUCGCGCAAGCCUACGGUAUGCUCGCUGUGUCAGAGGAAGACCGUCCAUUCAUGCCCGUUACUACGGUUGUACUAGAAGGUGUACCUCGCGACAUGAAGGUCCUUUUCCGUCACUGGGAUGACAAGCUCAUUCCUGCAGCUGGCUUGAUGAGUGGUAAACUUGGCCGAGGCAAGAGUUUGAGGAUCGUUGGCUUGGAGAAAGCUAUCGAGGCUACGCGAAGAUAG